AUUCCGAAUGCCAAAAAGUACGGCAGAAGGAUAAGGAAAAACCCUCUCCCUCUUCCUAUUCCUCUUCCUCUCCCUGAGAAAAAAAUGGCGCUUUCGUCGGGAAUUUUCUCCACCACCGCUAUCACCCCCAAAAUGCCAUCUUUGUCCUCUCGCCGGCUUCUUCCCGCUACUGCUUCUCCUCCUUCUGCUAACGUUCGUUUUGUGCGCCCUGUAAUCCAGGCCGCGGCUUCCAAGUCUGCCACCGGGACGCGUCUGCCGAGUGGUAUCAUGCGGCCGCGCCGUGUCUCGCCGGAGAUGGAGGCCCUGGUUGGAGUCUCCGAGAUCCCUCGAACUCAAGCUCUGAAACGUAUUUGGGCCUACAUUAAAGAAAACAAUCUUCAGGACCCUGAGAACAAGAAGAUUAUUAUUUGUGAUGAGAAACUGAAGAAGAUAUUCGGAGGGAAAGAUCGUGUUGGGUUUCUUGAAAUUGGAGGAUUGAUUACUCCUCACUUUCUGUGAUGGAUCCUAAAGAUUCAGUUUGAACUUUGGGAGUGAACUUUUAUCUACACAGGCCCUUCUUUUGGCAAAUGAUCUAGUUAGUAGGGCUUGCUUCCUUUUGCGGUUAGUAGUGUUUUUAGCCUUGGUACUUAAGUACAUAAGUACUUGUUUAUGAAUUUUGUUUAUGAAUUUCCAAAGUUUUAGGACUUCAACGCAUUAUUAUCAAUUCUGUCCAUGUUUUUCCUCCAUUCAAUCUCAAAUCCUUGGGUUUGGUUACUUUGUUUCAUUUUCUACAUGUGGUCAUUAGAUGAUGUUUGGCAUCUGUUGGAUAUGUGCUUGUUCCUCGCUGUUCAUGGAAGUAAAUUGCAUCUUUGGCU